AUGGCCAUUUAUUAUGAUACAGUCACGCGAUAUGAACAUGCAAAGGCCAAUUCAUAUCCCAUUGCAGCUAGCGUGGGGGUGGAAAUUGUUAUUACCCUCAUUGUCCAGUGCUUCUUCUCAUUAAGAAUUUACAAAUUGUCAAACAGACUCCCCGUCAGCAUUUCCUGCCUCGUUUUUGCUCUAUUACGAUUUAUUGGAGGUGUGGCCAUAUCAGUGAAGACCUUUUCCGACGUCCCAAGAGGACCCGUGAAUGGGAUUGGGUUGGGUGUCCGUUUUGACUGGCUGAUUACUUCUGCAUUGACCUCUGGGGCGGCGACGGAUAUACUGAUUGCAAUAUGCAUGACGUAUUACCUGCGUAAAUUUGCUUCCCCCACCAACCUCACAUCAACGACCAUGAUUUUGAACAAGUUGAUUAGGUUUUCUUUGCAAACAGGGCUGAUAACUAGCAUGACCUCGGUAGCGGUUAUUAUUUGCUUCCAGGCAAUGCCCAACAUGAUCUGGUUUGGACUUUACAUCAUCUUGGCUAAAUUAUACUCAAACUCACUCUUUGUAUCACUCAACGCACGUCCUGUGAGACAAAACGGGAAUGCAAGAGGAAAUCUUACACAUCGAAGUAUUUUGGAGUUCUCACCAGGAACGGAGCCAAUCUCGAUUUCAUUCCAAACCUCCCGGCCUGGGGAUUUGAAACCGGUGUUCAAGAUUGAUGAUGUUUAA